GAUGUGGGCGUCCUUCCCGGCGGCCAUUUUGGAAUUUGAAAAUUAAUGUCCCCAGUAUUGGUGCUCUCCUCUAGUCUCGCUAGAGACGGCGUGCUGAUGUAGCCCACACCACAAGUCUCCUGCCCAUAGACGGGGCUGCUCUGAUUGUCUUCUGGCUUGGAGCCAAAAUUCUUCACCCGAGUGGCACAAAUGAAGAGGCGAGCAGCAUGUGCCUCCGUACACACCCUCUCAGGGCAGCUGAGUUACCCAGAGACAUGCACCACUCCACCGCAAGCCAAGCAGCACGCAGCCCACCUAGAAGACUGGUCUCAGCAUGCAGCACUCCACCUCGGGCCUACCCUGAUGCAGUCCAUCUAGGAGACAGGUCCAGCCAUGCAAUGCUCUGCCUCAAGCACACAGCAGUGCAGUCCACCUAGGGGACAGGUUCCAACACGCAGUGGUCCACUUCAGGCUCACAGUAGUGCAGUCCAUGUAGGGGAGAGGUCCCACCUCCAGCACUCCGUUUCAGUCUCAGCAGGUGCAGCCUAGGGUGGAGAUGUGUGUCAGGUACCAGCUAGGUCUGCCUAAGGUGGGAAAUUGAAAACAUAUUUUCCACCAUAGCUGCUCCCCUCUUUCAAGGCCAAAGUUCUUUCGUCAUAAGACAAAAAACAACCCUCCAGAACCAAAACCUUGUUUCUGUUCAGUGCCCCUUUCACAGCUGCAGCACUGAAAGGCUUGAGGCUUUGGAUAGAUAUUUAAAGUUGAGAUUUUUUUCCUCUUACAAAAUACCUAAGCUAAACACGAUGUUAUAGUUGAAAAUUUACAUCCUUAUCAUGGAAAUGGUUAAGCAUAAACCUGACUAUUCACACACACAGGUACGUGCUGAAGUAUUUUUAGGAUUAGGAUCUAAAAUAUUAAAAAGUCAGUAGAUUCUUAGUUACAUUAGCUUUAUCUCAGGAUCCAUAGAUCUCUGACCACUCAUCACUUAUGCUGGAGAAUGCUCCUUAUUCCCCUUCUUGACACAUUUAUUUGCCUGAUUUACAUCAAAUUAUAUUUAACUAAAUAAUUCAUGAUCUACCAAUCUGCCACUUCUGGCAUUGGAUAAGGCUAUAGGUGUCUCCAGCUCAUGAGAGAGUAAACAGCAGAAGGGCAGGAGAAUGGAAGACAGUUUUCUAAGCCAUGGAGGGAAGCGAAGUGCUGAUGACUUGAUUGUCAAUGGCAUAGAAAUCUACAGCAUGAAAAUUGACAGCAAAGUGACUUCCCGAUUUGCCCACAAUGUCAUCACUAGCAGAGCUGUCAAUCGUGCCAAUGUGUCUAAGGAAGUGGUUUUUGAUGUGGAUCUCCCUAAGACAGCCUUCAUUACCAAUUUCAGCAUGACAAUUGAUGGUGUUACCUAUCCUGGGACUAUAAAAGAAAAAGAAGUUGCAAAAAAGCAAUAUGAGAAGGCUGUUUCACAGGGACAGACUGCAGGUCUCGUCCGGGCUUCUGGGAGAAAAACUGAAAAGUUCACUGUUUCAGUCAACAUUGCAGCAGCCAGCAAAGUCACUUUUGAGCUCACCUAUGAGGAACUGUUGAAGAGAAACUUUGGAAAAUAUGAGAUGCUCAUUAAAGUAAAACCAAAGCAGCUCAUCAAUCACUUUGAGAUCCAGGCAAACAUCUUUGAACCCCAAGGUAUCAGUGAGCUGGAAGCACAAGGAUCAUUCAUCACCAAUGACCUGUCACAAGUUAUUAAAAAAUCUUUCUCAGGAAAAAAGGGCCAUGUGUCUUUCAAGCCAACCAUUGAUCAGCAGCGAACCUGUGCAAAUUGUUCAACAUCACUGUUGGAUGGAGAUUUUACAAUAAAGUAUGAUGUGAAGAGAGACAGGCCGGGUGAUUUACAAAUUGUCAAUGGAUACUUUGUACACUUUUUUGCACCAACAAAUCUUCCAAAUUUUCCAAAAAACGUGGUUUUCGUAAUAGACAUUAGUGGCUCAAUGUCUGGAAUAGGAAUACAACAGACAAGGGAAGCACUUCUUAAAAUAUUAGAGGAUGUUAGGGAAGAUGACUACAUUAAUUUCAUACUGUUUGGUUCUGAUGUACAUGUUUGGAAAGACACAUUACUGAAAGCCACUCCUGAGAAUCUGAAGGAAGCUAAGGACUUCGUUCGAGCUAUUAACACUCAAGGCAUGACAAACCUACAUGGUGGUUUAAUGAAGGGAAUUGAAAUGCUGACUACAGCUUUUGAAACAAAUUCUGUGCCCAAGAGAAGUGCAUCUAUUAUUAUCAUGUUAACGGAUGGUCAACCCAAUGAAGGUGUAUCAGACCGUCAGGAAAUUCAAAUGAAUGUGAAAAAAGCCAUUCAAGGAAGAUACCCCUUAUAUAACCUAGCUUUUGGCUAUGGUGUUGACUAUAAUUUUCUAGAAAAGAUGGCACUAGAGAAUAAAGGAUUGGCUCGUCGCAUCUAUCCACAUUCUGAUUCAGCCAUACAAAUGGAGGGUUUUUAUGAGGAAGUAGCCAAUCCCAUGCUUACAGAAGUGGAGUUAAACUACCCUGAAAAUGCAAUAUCUGACUUAACUCAAAACAUCUUUAAGCACUACUAUGAUGGCUCUGAAAUCGUGGUGGCUGGACGUCUUACAGAUAAUGACCUGAACAGUUUGACUGCAGAUGUGAAAGCUCAAGGUGCAGAAAAUGAUGUGAUGUUUAGUGAACAAGCAGAUGUCGAAGAAACGGCAAAAGCUCUUCAAGAACAGGAGUACAUAUUUGGGGAUUACAUUGAGAGGCUUUGGGCUUAUCUCACCAUCCAACAAUUACUGGAUAAACGCACUGUAGCUCAGGGAGAAGAAAAGGAAAAUCUUACCACUGAAGCCCUGGAGCUCUCUCUGAAAUACAAGUUUGUGACACCUUUGACAUCCAUGGUGGUUACGAAGCCAGAAGAUAAUGAAGAUAAAGCUGCAAUUGCUGAUAAGCCAGUAGAAGCUGAAGCAAGGGCUGUCCCAGGCACUCAAUCAUAUCCAACACAUUCUUAUCUGUACUCUAGGCCUCCAAUCCCCUCCCUAUAUACUAGUGUUGAUGGAGAUCCACACUUCAUUAUAUCAGUGCCACAAAAAGAAGAUGCCAUUUGUUUCAAUAUCAAUGAAGAGACAGGUGCAGUGUUAAAUUUAAUAGAUGACCCAGUUACAGGCAUCAGAGUCAAUGGGCAGCUUAUUGGAGAUAAGAGAGUGAGCAGUGAUGCAAAGAUCCAAAACACAUAUUUUGGAAAGCUUGGGAUUGAAAAUAAGAAGCUGGAAUUAAAACUAGAAGUUACUCCUGAGAAAAUAACCCUCCAGAAGGGCAGAAAGAAGACAGUUUUCACCUGGCUUGAUACAGUCACCCUGCGACAAGAAGGUCUAACUGUCAUAAUCAACAGGAAAAAAAAUCUAGUGCUUUCAAUGGGAGAUGGCGCAUCAUUUGUUAUUGUUUUGCACCAAGUGUGGAAGAAGCAUCCUCUACACCAGGACUUCCUAGGAUUGUAUACGCUGGAUAGUCACAAGCUGUCUGAACGUACCCAUGGCUUAUUAGGGCAAUUUUUUCACCACAUUGACUUUAAUAUACUUGAAAUCCAUCCUGGGUCUGAUCCCAAGAAACCAGAUGCUACAAUCGUGAUCAAAAACAAUAAACUGACAGUAACUAGGGGCUGGCAGAAAGAUUACAGAAAAGAUCCCAAGCAUGGCAUUGAUAUCCCUUGCUGGUUUGUUCAUAACAAUGGAGCAGGGCUGAUUGAUGGAGUUCACACAGACUAUAUUGUUUCCAAUAUAUUUGGCACAACUGUAAAUUAAUCCUCAGAUGUGUGUUUAGAGACCAUUUUUCUGAAUGACUUAUGCUUUCUAAUAAUCAAUCAGCUGUUAAAUUAUAGUUAAGCUUACCUAUCUAUCCUGAUCUCAUAGAACUGAGAGGGACCUUGAAAGGCCAUUGAGUCCAGUCCCCUGCCUUCACUAGCAGGAACAAGUACUGUCCUUCACAGAUUUUUGCCCCAGAUCCCUAAAUGGCCCCCUUAAGGACUGAACUUACAACCCUAGGUUUAGCAGGCCAAUGCGCAAACCACUGAGCUAUCCCUCCCCCAGAAUUGUUGUGUUAGUUGGCAAUACUGUCAUAUAACCAAUUCUAGUGAAUCAGGCUAGUUUGUGUGUGAUUAAUUCUUAAAUGAAAAGUAGCUGUUGUGUUUGCCUAAACAGGCAUCACGCAACCAAUAUCUACAAAAUCAUUCUAUUUCAUCACAUAAACCAAAUAUAGAUUUUUUUUUAUUAAAUUCAUUUACAAGCUUUAUAAUUCCUCUCUGUAAAUGGAGGAAAACAUUUAAUUCAAGUACUUGAGUCUCAAAAUAAAUAAAAGCUUCAAAACUUGCUGUCUUAUUUAGUCAUUCCAAUUGCCAUCCAACAAGGCAUAGAUUCCAGAGUGUCAGGUAAAUGUUGUAAUGAAUUAUCUGCAGCAUAACAGAGCAUCUGACACUUCUGAUCAGAUAGAUCAGACCUUAUUUUCAAGGGAAUUUAUAAAUCCAUAACUUUGUAGAACUAUUUGUGUACUUAAUUGUAUUGUGUGGUGUGCUGGUGUACCACCACGUUCCUGGAAGGAUCGGCAGCAAGGGUUCAUCCUGGGAUCUCUGGAUUUUAAAGCAUGAAUCACUAUUACCUGAACUGAAAAAUUCAGUUCCGAUAGCUCGUCUGUAUCAGGCUCAUCAACCUUUGAAUGUGACCCAGCCACCACUAGAGUGGGGAAAAAAUAGGCCUACAUUUUAAUUCACAGCAAAAUGCAACAAUAAAGUAGUUUUGUCAUGUGCUGUAAAUAUUUGGCACAUUCUGUUAAAAUGAACACUUCCCGAAAGAGUAGGAGUAGGAAGAUGAACCCCAGAGCAUGAGAAUCCAUAAGAAAUAUCUAUCCUGUUUUCACGCUAAUUUUAGUAAAGAAAAAUGGGACGUUCAGAAAUAAAGAAGAUACAUGCUACUAUACUGGGCACAUAGUCUCUAUAUUUGCCAAUUUUUUGGCUUUGAUAAAUAAGGUUACAACAGUAUAUGUAGAGUUCUAGGUAUUUCUAAUUGAUAGCAAAAUAAGGAAUAUUGCAAAUGAUAAGAAAACCUUGUUUUAAUUACCCACCAGUAAUAUAAAGUUGGCAACACUAUAAGGAAGCAGAGUCACCAAAAAAGUAAAUUUUGUCCACAACAUAUCU